AUGGGGCUCCCCGGCCUGCGGGCGGCGGCCGAGGCCCUGCGGAGCGCCUGCGGAGCGUGGACGCCGCGCCUGGGACGCCUCCUCGGCCUGCCCCCCAUGGCCGGGAAGGCUGAGGCCCCGGCGCCCGCGGCGGGGACCCAGCCGGAGCCGGUCGGGAAGGCCGGGAGCCGCUGGCGUGGCGGGGCCAGGGUCUGGGAGGACGCGGAGCAGCCGGCCAAGAAGCUCAAGAGCAGCGGCGAGGACGGCGAGCAGCCCAGGAAGCUGCCCAAGCGCAAGAUCGUGCUGCUCAUGGCCUAUUCGGGGAAGGGCUACCACGGCAUGCAGAGGAACGUCGGGUCCUCGCAGUUCAAGACCAUCGAGGACGACCUGGUGUCGGCCCUGGUCCGGGCGGGCUGCAUCCCCGAGAACCACGGCGAGGACAUGAGGAAGAUGUCCUUCCAGCGGUGCGCCCGCACGGACAAGGGCGUGUCCGCAGCCGGGCAGGUGGUGUCCCUCAAGGUGUGGCUGAUUGACGACAUCCUAGAGAAGAUCAACAGCCACCUCCCGUCCCACAUUCGAAUACUGGGCUUGAAGCGCGUCACGGGCGGCUUCAACUCCAAGAACCGGUGCGACGCCCGGACCUACGUGUACAUGCUGCCCACCUUCGCCUUCGCCCACAAGGACCACGACCCGCAGGACGAGACGUACCGGCUGAGCGCCGACCGGCUGCGGCAGGUGAACCGGCUGCUGGCCCGCUACAAGGGCACCCACAACUUCCACAACUUCACCUCGCAGAAGGGGCCGCGGGAGCCCAGCGCCCAGCGCUACGUCCUGGACAUGGUGUGCGGGGAGCCCUUCGAGCGGGAGGGCAUGGAGUUCGCCGUCAUCGAGGUGAAGGGCCAGAGCUUCAUGACGCACCAGAUCCGCAAGAUGGUGGGCCUGGUGGUGGCCAUCGCCAAGGGCUACGCGCCCGAGGACGCGCUGGAGCGCUGCUGGGGCGAGGCCAAGGUGGACGUGCCCAAGGCGCCGGGCCUGGGCCUGGUGCUGGAGCGCGUGCACUUCGAGACCUACAACCGGCGCUUCGGCGGCGACGGGCUGCACGAGCCGCUGGACUGGGCGCGCGAGGAGGCCGAGGCCCAGGCCUUCAAGGAGCAGCACAUCUACCCGACCAUCGUCAGCACCGAGCGCCACGAGCGGUCCAUGGCCCAGUGGCUGAGCACGCUGCCCACGCACGACUUCAGCGCCACGGCCAGCGCGGCCGCCGGCGCCGGCGCCAAGGUCGCCAGCCCCCAGGAAGGCAGCGAAGAGGACGGAGAUGGUGACUGA